GGUAUCAUUGAUUUACUUUUUAUUGUUUUAUUUUGUUGUUGUAAGCCUCUCUCCGAGCUCGCCAGAUGGACUGGAUAAUGCGCUCAUCUUCAUAAAACUAGCGACCUACCUGCUCAAGGUAACUUGAACUACACCACCUCGACACCAAUUGAAUCCGACACUAGAGAGAUCAAAGCCAAACGCGACCUGGCUUUUGAUCGGGGCCACGAACAACGCACCUCUGAACGCCCUUGGGGGCAAAUGCGCCACCCGACCGAACGCGACCAUGUCAACAAUAUAUAAUACGGAGCCUCAACCAACAGCAUCAGUCAUCCUUCACACAUCGGUUGGCGAACUGUCUGUUGAGCUUUUCGCCAAGCAGACCCCUCUAACGUCGCGCAACUUCCUUCAGCGUUGUUUGGAUGGAUACUACGACAAUACCAUUUUCCACCGUCUUGUGCCUGGAUUCAUAGUCCAAGGUGGUGAUCCUACAGGAACGGGCAAUGGCGGCGAAUCAAUCUACGAUGGAGGUGCUCUAUCGGGUGAUCUUGAUCCGUGGCCUAUGGAUCAGCGAAGAGGCAAGAAUGCAGGACCUCUGGGCAUCAACUUCAAGGACGAAUUUCACUCGCGGCUCAAGUUCAACAGGAGAGGAUUGCUAGGUAUGGCAAAUGAGGGGGCGCCAGACACAAAUGGCAGUCAGUUCUUUUUCACCUUUGACAAGGCCGAUGAACUCAACAGCAAGAACACCAUGUUUGGACGCGUAGCCGGCGACACUAUCUACAACCUGCAAAAAAUAGGAGAGGCCGAGUUGGCGGAGGGAACCGAGCGGCCACUUUAUCCUAUCAAGCUAGAGCGCGUAGAGAUACUCGUCAACCCCUUUGACGACAUGAAGAAGAGGGAAAGAGUUGUCAAGGUUGUGGAUACUGCACCGGCCCCAGCCAAGAAGCCCAAAAAGAGGAAGGUCGGCAAACAACUGCUUAGUUUCGGUGACGAGGAAGGGGAGGGCGAAGAGCUUCCCAUACUGAAAAAGCCUAAAUUCGACACAAGAAUAGUCAUGGAUGACGAGGCAACAGAAACGCCUGUCAAGCGCCCCAAGGACGGAAAGCCUACAGAGGUCAAAGACGCGACUCUUGCUAAGACUUCUGCGGCAGGAAAAGAGGCAGGGGUAAACGCGGUCGGGAUGAAGGACGCUACUGCGUCCUCGGACAGUACCGUAAAAUUGCGCGAUGACCCACAGAAGCCGAACGAACCCUCAGGAUCACCGCCCCCACUACUAACACGGAUCCAGCCGAGAUAUGGCGACGAUGAGCCCGCGCAAGGGAAGAAUACAAAGGCUAAAGAUAAUAGGACGGCGCUCGAAAAGGCAAAUGAUGAAAUUGCUACCCUCAAAGCAUCCAUGCGCCGAAACGUGAACUCGGAGCCUAUCAAGGAGGAAAAGAAGUCAGCAUUGGAGCUGAUGAUACCAGAAACCUCGACUAGAGGCAGGAAGCGGCGAGGGGGUGCCAACAAUAACGAUGUUGCGGAAGAACAAAAGACGAUGAACCUUUUGAAAGCCUUCCAAUCCAAGCUCGCGGAUGCUCCGAGCACAAGCACGAACGCUCAAGAAUCUCCGACCGGAGAGCAUGCCACGGGUGAGGGAGCUACAGGGGGCGCGGGUGAAAAGCCGGCAGAGGAUGAGGGAGAAGUAUGUGAUCUGCAUUUCAUCAUUAACUGCCAGAGCUGCCAAGCCUGGGACAAGCUCGAGGGCAAAGACGAAAGCGAUGACGAAGGAUGGAUGUCACACGCUCUUAGCUUUGCGGCAGAUAAGCUCGGAAAGGACCUCAAUUACAGGAGGAAGGCUGAGGAAGAGCUCAUCGUGAUCGACCCCCGUGAAAAGGCGCGUAGCUUACAAGAGGAAAAACGUCAGGAGAAAGGAAGCCGGACAGGAGGGUCCGGUCGGGCAUGGGAUCAGGCUCGGAAUGCGCAAAUGUCAAGGUCUUCCAAUCUUGCAGGCAGAGGUGCCAGAUAGGCCAUAUCCUUAUGAUGUAACGUACCUAGCCAAGCCGGCUUAAGUAAGUCGUCUUAUUUCUCUUGGGUUUCGCUGGCUUAAUUUCUGUGAUAUCAUGUUAUGCUCGGAUUUGGCGACAGCCUUGGUCUUGACACAAGGACGUGCCAAUUCUAAUUAUUUCCCUACUGUGUGUACCCUCCAUCGAAUAGAUCAAAGAUACCCCCCCCCCCCCCAUUUCAAGUUUCGACCAUGUUUUUAGUAUCUUGGAUAUGCUCGUCAGUUUGGGUGACUACCUGUGAGGAUUGGUCGGGUGUCAAAUACUUACCUCCUUUGUAUCAGGCCAUCUUGGAAAAGGAACAAAUUACAGUUAGUAUGAACCCUGUCUUUCCAAAUGAGGAUGAGGCUCCUGAGCAAAUGCUCCUGAACAAAGAGGGUCGUCCGGAGCUUUGCU